CCCCAGCAGCCGGCCGGCGCGAGGAGAGAGCGGCUGGGGGCUUCCCUUAAAGGGGCCGCGCUGGCUAUGGAGUGAGCAGCCUUGACCAGAGAGCCGGCGGUGUUAGCAUGGUGGGGGCAGCCCUGACUCCAUCUGCACCAUGGGGUUUGGGACCCAGCUGGGGCUGCUGCUGUGGAAGAACUUCACCUAUCAGCGCAGGCAGAAGAUCCAACUCGCCGUUGAGCUCCUGUGGCCCCUCUUCCUCUUCUUCAUCUUGAUCUCGGUGCGACAGUCACAUCCCCCUUUCGAGCAGCAUGAAUGUCACUUCCCCAACAAGGCCUUGCCCUCGGCUGGGACGCUGUCGUGGAUUCAGGGCAUCAUCUGUAAUGUGAACAAUCCCUGCUUCCAGUACCCGACGGCUGGCGAGACGCCCGGCGUGGUGGGGAACUUCAACCAGUCCAUCAUCUCCCGCCUGUUUGCAGAUGCCCGGAAGGUGCUGCUCCAUGCCAACAGCAAGCAGACCCUGAGCAGCUUUGGCCAGCUCCUGCCUGCCCUACGCCGGCUCUGGGGGAGCGGAGCUCCGUGGAUGGCCAGGCCGGUCAAGGACUACCUGAAAGAGGGUGAGACCUUUUCCCACUUCCUCCGGAUCAACGCCUCCCUCCCCCCUGCCCUGGUGGAGGAGCUGCUGGGAGCUCGGUUGGACCUGCGCAUCCUCUCCCUUGCCGCCACCGGUGUGCCGCUGAAGGACAUCGUCUGCAACGCCUCCGUGCUGGCGGAGUUCCUGGUGGCAGCGGAGGCGAGCUCCACGGAGCGCCUGCAGGAGCGGCUCUGUGCUCUGCCAGCGCCCACCCUCCAGGCCACGGAGCGCAGUUUCUUCUCGCAAGCGGAUUUCUCCCAAGUCUUGGCGGAACGGCUGAGCUCCGAAUCAGACGACGUGGCAAGCGCCCUGGAGACCCUGGUCACUUUCCUCCAGGGCGCCGAGACGCUAGCGAAGGAGGUUGGCGCCAUGACCAGCUUUGCAGAGUUCCGGCGGGAGCUGCAGGCCCUGUCGGGGCGGGACGCCGGCUCCUCCCUGCAGGGCGCCUUCGAGGCCGUGUCCCGCAUCGCCUGCGGGCACCCGGAAGGGGGCGGCCUCAAGAUCCCCUCCCUCAACUGGUACGAGGACAACGACAUCAAGGCCUUUCUGAACCGCAACAGCUCAGAGCAGGGAGCCAUCCCGCUGGACAACGCCACCAGCCCCUACUGCAAGGAGCUGAUCCAGAACCUGGAGUCGAACCCACUGUCCCGGAUCCUGUGGCAGGGGAUCAAACCUCUCUUCAUCGGAAAAAUCCUCUACGCCCCGUCCAACCCCAGCACACGAAGGAUCAUGGCCGAGGUGAACCGGACGUUUCAGGAGCUGGCCGUGCUGCGGGAGGUGCGGGGCACCUGGCAGGAGCUGGGGCCUCGGGUCUAUGCCUUCCUCAACAGCAGCCUGGAGAUGCGGGUCCUUCAGAGCCUGCUGCGGGCACCUGCCACCUCCCGCCUGGUGGAGCAGCGCCUGAACCGCACCUCAUGGGACCCGUCGGCCGUGGGCGAGUUCCUGGCAGGGGUGCCAGGGGGUGAGGCCUACACCUGGCGCCAGGUCUACGCGGAGGUGGACCAGGUUGUGGGCACCCUGUCGCAGUUCAUUGAGUGCGUCUCCCUGGACAAGGUGGAGGCGGUGGCCUCCGAAGAGCAGCUGGUGUCGCGGGCCCUGCAGCUGCUGGAGGGGCGCCAGUUCUGGGCCGGCGUGGUCUUCCUGCCCCCCGACAAUGCCACCCCUGGGGAGCUGCCCCCCCACGUCCGCUACAAGAUCCGCAUGGACAUUGACGAUGUCACCCGCAGCAACAAGAUCAAGGACAGGUUCUGGGACCCAGGCCCGGCCGCCGACCCCUUCAGCGACCUGCGCUACGUCUGGGGGGGCUUCGUCUACGUGCAGGACCUGGUGGAGCGGGCCGUCACGCGGGUCCUGAGCGGCACGGCCAGCCGCACCGGCAUCUACCUGCAGCAGAUGCCCUACCCCUGCUACGUGGAUGACGUUUUCCUGCGGGUCUUGAACCGCUCACUGCCGCUGUUCAUGACGCUGGCCUGGAUCUACUCGGUGGCCAUGAUCAUCAAAGGGGUGGUGCAUGAGAAGGAAGCCCGGCUGAAGGAGACCAUGAAGAUUAUGGGGCUCAGCAGUGGUAUUCUCUGGCUCAGCUGGUUCAUCAGCAGUUUCAUCCCCUUCCUCAUCAGCGCCUCCUUCCUCGUCCUCAUCCUCAAGCUGGGAGACAUCCUGCCCUAUAGUGACCCCGCUGUGGUCUUCCUCUUCUUGGCCGCCUUUGCUGUGGCCACCAUCGCCCAGUGCUUCCUCAUCAGCACCUUCUUCUCCCGCGCCAACCUGGCCUCGGCCUGUGGCGGCAUCAUCUACUUCUCCUUCUACCUGCCCUAUGUGCUGUGCGUGGCCUGGCGCGACCACAUCACCUUCCCGCUGCGCCUCUGUGUGAGCCUCCUGUCCCCAGUGGCGUUUGGGUUUGGGUGUGAGUACUUCUCCCUGUAUGAGGAGCAGGGCGUGGGGAUCCAGUGGUACAACCUGAACGCCAGCCCCGUGCAGGACGACCCUUACAACUUCGCCACCUCCCUGGCGCUGCUGCUCCUGGACGCGUGUCUGUACGGCCUGGCCACGUGGUACAUCGAGGCUGUCUUCCCAGGCCAGUACGGGAUUCCCAAGCCCUGGAAUUUUCCCUUCCUGAAGAGCUACUGGUUUGGAGAGUCGUCCUCCGAUGGCAGCCACCCCUUCCCCACCAACUCCUUGAGCUCUGCGGAAGUGCUGGUGGAGCAGCCGCCCGCGCACCUGCGCUCAGGGGUCUCCAUCCGCAACCUGGUGAAGAUUUACCGCAGUAGCAGCAAAGUGGCCGUCAACGGGCUGAACCUCAGCUUUUACGAGGGCCAGAUCACCUCCUUCCUGGGCCACAACGGGGCCGGCAAGACCACCACGAUGUCCAUCCUGAGCGGUCUGCUGCCCCCCAGUUCCGGGACGGCCUACAUCCUGGGCCGGGACAUCCGCUCCGAGAUGGACAGCAUCCGGAAAACCAUGGGGAUGUGUCCCCAGCACAACGUCCUCUUUGACAUCUUGACGGUGGAAGAGCACAUCUGGUUUUAUGGGCGCCUGAAGGGGCUGUCAGGGGAGCAGGUGAAGGAGGAGGUGAAGCAGAUCAUCCAGGACGUGGGGCUGCCCCACAAGCGUCGGGAGCAGACCAAAAACCUGUCGGGUGGGAUGCAGCGGAAGCUCUCCGUGGCCAUCGCCUUCGUGGGAGGUUCCCAGGUGGUCAUUCUAGACGAGCCCACCGCGGGGGUCGACCCCUAUUCCCGCCGGGGCAUCUGGGAGCUGCUGCUGAAGUAUCGCAAAGGCCGCACAAUCAUCCUCUCCACCCACUACAUGGAUGAGGCAGACCUGCUGGGCGACCGCGUGGCCAUCAUCUCCCAGGGCCGGCUCUGCUGCUGCGGCUCCCCGCUCUUCCUCAAGACCAAGCUGGGCACCGGCUAUUACCUGACCCUGGUGAAGCGGGAGGCCGGCGCCCGAGAGCGGGCAGCCCCGGGGGGCAGCGCCAGCUGCGUCACCAUCGCCAGCAGAAAGGACGACAGCGGUUCGGAGCGCAGCUGUGACACCGGCCUGGGCAGCGAGCAGUGCAGCGAGUCCAGCACUGUGGACGUGCCGCAGCUGUCGGCCCUGAUCCAGAAGUUGGUCCCUGGCUCCCGGCUGGUGGAGGAUAUUGGCCACGAGGUACUGUACGUCUUGCCAUACGGCGGCGCCAAGGAUGGGGCCUUCGGGGAGCUCUUCCGGGAGCUGGAUGGCCGCCUGGGCGAGCUGGGGGUCUCCAGCUACGGGAUCUCGGACACCUCCUUGGAAGAGAUCUUUCUGAAGGUGGCUGAGGACACAGGAGUGGACGCGGACACCACAGGCUCUGGGGGAGCCCCCCAGCGAGGGAGAACGGCAGCGCCGGCCUCCUCCUACACCCUCCGGACGGUGAGCGAGAACGGGGAUGUGGAGGCAGCAGACACCGAGCCGCCUGAGGAGCCAAAGGAGACCGAUUUCCUGCACAGCCUGGAUGGCAGGGGCUCCCAGCAGGUGCUGGGCUGGGCCCUGACCCGCCAGCAGCUCCGGGCCCUUUUUACCAAGAGACUCCUCUACGCCCGGCGCAGCACCAGGGGCUUCUUCGCACAAAUCGUCCUGCCGGCUGUCUUUGUGUGCAUCGCCCUCCUUUUCAGCCUGAUCGUGCCACCCUUCGGGAAGUACCCCCCGCUGCACCUGGAGCCCUGGAUGUACGGCCAGCAGUUCACCUUUUUCAGUGAUGAUUCCCCGGGGGACCCCGACUCUGCGCAGCUCCUGGGAGCCCUGCUGGCCGAGCCGGGCUUCGGUACCAAGUGCAUGAGGGAUGCCCCGGAGGAGAGAGCGCCUUGCCCACCGGCGUCCCACGAACGAGGCUUCUGGACCCCCGAAGUGCCCCGGUCCCUGGCCGAGCUCUUCCAGAACACAAACUGGACGCCAGCCAACCCCUCCCCGGCCUGUGAGUGCAGCUCCCGGGGGGCACGGAAGAUGCUGCCCGACUGCCCUGAAGCAGCGGGGGGACUUCCUCCUCCACAGGUGCAAAGGGGCACCGGCGACAUCCUCCAAAACCUCACGGGCAGGAACAUCUCCGAUUACCUGGUGAAAACCUACCCCAAGAUCAUCCGCCAGGGGUUGAGAACCAAGAAAUGGGUCAACGAGCAGAGGUAUGGUGGCAUCUCGCUGGGCGCCCGUAGCUCUCAGGCCCUGCCCUCAGCAGAGGAAGUGGAUGGUGCUGUGCGGGAAAUCCGAGCCGUGCUGAACAUCACUAAGGGGAGCCCCAUAGACAGGCUUCUGGGAAACCUGAGCAGCUUCAUCGAAGGCCUGGACACCCGCAAUAACAUCAAGGUGUGGUUCAACAACAAGGGUUGGCACGCCAUGGUGUCCUUCGUCAACGUGGUGAACAACGGGCUACUGCGGGCCAGCCUGCCCCCGGGCGCGGAUCCCUGGCGCUACGGCAUCACGGCCAUCAACCACCCCCUGAACCUCACCAAGGAGCAGCUCUCGGAGGCUGCGCUGAUGGCCACCUCGGUGGACGUGCUGGUCUCCAUCUGCGUGAUGUUCGCCAUGUCCUUCGUCCCCGCCAGCUUCGUCCUCUUCCUCAUCGAGGAGCGGGUCAGCAAGGCCAAACACCUGCAGUUCGUCAGCGGCAUGAAGCCCGACGUCUACUGGCUGGGCAACUUCGCCUGGGACAUGUGUAACUACCUGGUCCCAGCAGGGCUGGUUGUCCUCAUCUUCCUCUGCUUCCAGCAGAAGUCCUACGUGUCCUCGGCCAACCUGCCCUCCCUGGUGCUGCUGCUGUUCCUCUAUGGCUGGUCCAUCACGCCACUGAUGUACCCGGCCUCCUUCCUCUUCAGCAUCCCCAGCACGGCCUACGUGGUGCUGACCUGCGUCAACCUCUUCAUUGGCAUCAAUGGCAGUGUGGCCACCUUCGUGCUGGAGCUCUUCACCGACCAGAAGCUGAACCACGUCAACCGCAUCCUGAAGAAGGUUUUCCUCAUCUUCCCGCACUUCUGCCUGGGCCGGGGCCUCAUCGACAUGGUGAAGAACCAGGCCAUGGCCGACGCUUUCGAGCGGUUCGGAGACAAGCGUUUCGUGUCUCCGCUGUGCUGGGACCUGGUCGGGAAGAACAUGUUCGCCAUGGCUCUCCAGGGCGUCGUCUUCUUCCUCUUCACCAUCCUGCUGCAGUACGGGUUCUUCGUCAAGCUACGGCCCUUUGCCAUUAAACUUCCCCCUCUGGGCGGGGAGGACGAGGACGUGGCCAGGGAGCGGGAGAAGAUCACCAGCGGAGCACGGCAGGGAGACAUCCUGGUGCUGCAUGACCUGACCAAGGUGUACCGGGCGAGGAAGAAGCCGGCUGUGGACCGCCUGUGUGUGGGAAUCCCCCCGGGGGAGUGUUUCGGUCUCCUGGGGGUGAACGGCGCUGGGAAGACGUCCACCUUCAAAAUGCUGACGGGGGACACUGAGGUGACCCUAGGAGAUGCCUGUCUGAAAGGGCACAGCGUGCUCAGCGACUUGCAGUCGGUCCAUCAGAACAUGGGCUACUGCCCCCAGUUUGACGCCAUCAACGACCUGCUGACGGGACGGGAGCACCUGGAGUUCUACUGCCGCCUGCGCGGUGUCCCCGAGGAGGAGACGCCCAGGGUGGCUCAGUGGGGGGUCUCCACGCUGGGCCUGGCGCAGUAUGCCGACAGACCCGCCGGGGGAUACAGCGGGGGAAACAAACGCAAGCUCUCCACGGCCAUCGCCCUCCUCGGUGCCCCGCCGGUCGUCUUCCUGGACGAGCCGACCACGGGGAUGGACCCGCGAGCCAGGCGGUUCCUGUGGAACUGUAUCCUCAGCGUGAUCAAAGAGGGCAGGUCCGUGGUGCUCACCUCCCACAGCAUGGAGGAGUGCGAAGCCCUGUGCACCCGCAUGGCCAUCAUGGUGAACGGCCGGUUCCGCUGCCUGGGCAGUGUGCAGCACCUGAAGAACAGGUUCGGCGACGGCUACACGAUCACGUUGCGGGUGUCGGGCCCCAGCCCGGACCUGCAGCCCGUGGAGACGUUCAUCCAGGACUCCUUCCCCGGCAUCGUCCUCAAAGAGAGACACCACUGCAUGCUGCAAUACCAGCUUCCCUCUCGGAGCUGCUCCCUGGCCAAGAUCUUCAGCAUCUUGUCCGCUCACAGGGGCACCUACCGCAUUGAGGACUACUCCGUGUCCCAAACCACACUGGACCAGGUGUUUGUUCACUUCGCCAAGGACCAAAGCGACGACGAGCCCCUGCCGGACUUGGCGCCCCCGUCUAAGCCCGAGCCCCCUGGCCCCUGGAAGAGGAUCACCCACUUCCUGGAGGACGACAGCUACCAGGAGAGUGCCGUCUGAGACCCUCCCCUGCCCAGGAGUGCAGCCAAAAUCCGGGGUGGGGGGGCUUCCCUUAUAGCACCAGGGCUCCUCCUGCUUGGAGCAAGGAGGAGUGGAGGGAAAGCCCCACCUACCCCUAAACCUGAAUCAAUAAAACACCCAUUGCUCGUAGGGGGCAGAGGCCCCCAGCUGAUGGUCCUCGCCCCACGUCCAUGGCUGUCCCCCCAGGGGAGCACCGCAGAGCCCCUUAAACCUGAAUCAACAGUGCAGAGGGGGUAGUGCCCAACUCCACGGUGCCCUCCGGGAGCAGCUCCUGCCAAGCCCCCACCCUAGGGUGCAGGGAGCUUUUCUGUGAGUCACCCCCCACCCAGGGAGCAAGGGGUGGGCUGGGCUCCUUAUGCCUUAAGUGGCAAGGAGGAGGUGGGAUCUGGCUCCCGCACUCCCAGGGCUCCAGCGCCCACCUCUGCCCGGAGUUUGAAUCCCAGGCUGGGCCCAUCGGGCUCCUGUGGCCGGCUCCUUGCUGCACGUACAGCUCUCGCUUGGUGUCUGUACUGGGCCCUGCCCCAGUUCCGAGUGGGCCAGGGGGGAUUUCACCCCUUGCCCUGCCCAGUUCUGUGCACUUCCUCCCCAGGGUAGGGCCUAGGGGCCUGUCUCAGAGACCUACCCCCAUUAAACCCAGCCGCUCGGACGCACAAAGGGGGAGCUUGGCUGGACCCUGUGGGGUCCUUGGUCACCCCCCCCCCCCGCCCUUCGCUACAUUCUGCUGUUUGAACAGGCCGUGGGGCUGCCCCCCACCCCCAGUGACUGCAAGGCCCUCACCAGCAGUGUGAUAUCAGGGAUCCCCUCUCUUCCUGGGGAGGGUGCUCCAUUUUCCCUCCGUUCCCCAUGCUGCAGCUACCAUCCCUCCUCCCACGGGGCCUUGGCUGGGAGCCCGUCGGUAACACUCCUUCAUCUGCCUGGGCCGUGAGCCCCUCCUUUCUGCCCUGCCCCUUAGCAUGCUGCAUCCACUGGGGGCCUCCCGUGGGAACAUCCCCUGGCGUUACUCCUUCCUCGGACCGAGUCACUCUCCCAGCAUGAGGGCGCUAGAUGCUAUGCCCCUGCCUGGAGCCUGAGCUGUCCCUAGGCGGGGAGGUCUGCGAGCUCCGAGGCUCCCCAGCCACCUCCCCUCCUGGCUGUUCAUGGGCCAGAUCUUGGCUCUUGGUGGCAUCAGUGGUGAAGAUCUCAAUGAUCGGGAAUUGGUCCCUGAUUCCUGGCACCUUCCCUGGAGGGGCAGCUGCCCUCGCUCGGCCAGUCUUCACCUCCUCCCCCUUUGGAGGAGAGAACAGCUGAUACCCGCCUCCUCUCCAAGGCCGCCUGCUUUUCUGUCCAUCCCUCACUAACGAUGCACUGACCUCCCCUCCCCAAGGACGAUGUCGCAUGCUCCCCUCGCCCCGGGUGCUGCCCUACCACAGACUCCGCCCACUCUCACCACCAGCCCCACCCACCAGCUGAGUAUUGUAUUCUCCCCUUUUAAAAUGGCCCAGGCCAGUGACCAUGUUGCCGUGGCAAUGGCCGGCCUCUUCUCCCAACGGUCCAAGAAGCGGGCAAUGGCCCCUGACCACAUACUCUGGCGUUUGUGCCCCGGGCGUUAGGCCGGGCUGGGGCAUCGCCGCGCCUCAGCCGACUGUUACAGACACCUGAGCCGACACCUCUCCACACAACGCUGGCCCCAGGCCCCAAAGAGGUGUGCGCCUGCCCCCACACCUGGUCCGCUCUCCCUGGGCACUCCUGAGGGCACUGGGGCUGGGCUCUCUCACGUAGCUGGUCUGUUUUCUGGUAUUUAUAGAGCAGAGUCUGUGAAGAUUCACGUGAAAUACGAAGCGAAUUAAAUAUACGCACACAAUAACCCCCAGCCUGUGGGUGGAAUGAUUCGAGCUGGGCGUUCUCCAGCUAGUCCUUCGUCUCUCUCUUUCCUCCCCCGUUCUGUGAUCUAGGGCCCUUAGCCAGCCCUGUUUCCACCGUCUCUGAGUAGCUGCCAAUCUUGAGUGUAUUUAUCCUCGCUACCCCCCUUGCGAGGCCGGGCAGGGCUGUAAACCCCACAGCACAGAUGGGAACUGAGGGCCAGGGUUACAAAUCAGGCCCUCAGCCACUUGUCCAAGGUCACUGGGAGAGCUGGGAAUUGCAGUCAAGUCUCCCAGCUGCUAGCCACCCGCUAAGAGUUCCUUACUCACCUGCUGCCCUAGUGCAUAGGGGCCUAAUGUAAGGUAGCAUCUUCUAGCUGAAGGUUUUCAUUACCCUGCAAAGAAUUAACCCCCCAGGCCCUGUGUUUAAUAUUCUUUAUUGGGCAGAAGGGCAAAUUGUGGCCCAAGGAGAAGCGAUUUGCCUGUGGUCGCUGGGACAGAACCCAGGAGUCCUGACUGCUCCCCCCAAUCUAACCAUUGGAUUCUCUUCUCUAUACCUGCAGUGAGUUCCACAGGUUAAUUACACCCCAUGGAACCAACAGACUUCUUUUUCUCUGGUUCAGAGAGGUGGCCUUUGCAUUUCGGUCCCCGUCACGCACACAUCCCGCUUGGUCCUCAUUGGGGGAUGGGGGCGCACAGGAGCGGACCACCAUCCAACGGCUACAGCUCACCGGCCAGCAGGGGGUUAACUCCCAGCUGAGCUAUCUCACAGGUGGCCGGGGUGGAGUAAGAAGGCCAGGGCCAAUCAGGCCGUGUGUCAGGCCAGGCAGCAGUGGGGGAAGGCCAGUCCUUGGUGUAGAGCUGGGGUCUUCCUGGCCGUGUGGGUCUAGGAGCCUCUGGCUCUUUCACUGUGGCCAGAGGCUCAGGAGCUGGCCCAGAGGGGCCUGUGCUGGGUGAGAAGUGUCUGUCUUGGGGCCAACUGAUCCAGCAACCGCUGAAUCCAGGAUCUUCCCCCGGAUCUUCUCUGGCUCUGUGCUGGGCUCGCUGUGUUCUCCUCCAGCAGGGCGGUGCUGCUCUGACGUGGGACGGAGCAGGUUUGCAUGGCUGAAGCUGCUCUCGGCGUGGGGCUGUCAGCGGUGGAUUUGGGGGCAGGCUGCCUCCCUGGCGUUGCCAGCAAUGGGGCUGGAAGAGAACGGGGGAGGCGAUGCCAGGAAACAGAGGGAGCUGGAGGCCUUAGUCCAGGUCCUAGUGAGCAAGUGUCCCUGGCCCAAAACACCUCCGACUCACAGGAAAGCUCCCUGCACCCUAGGGUGGAUACCUCCAUCCCCUGGGGCAGUCUGGGACCACAGGAUGGCACCACACUCCUUAGCCCCCGGGGAGAUGCCUUCAUGGCAGCACAGACGCAGGGGAUCGUGCAUGCUGAUGGGGCUAGAGGCGUUUUUGGGCCUCAUGGGUGUCUGCAUGGUACAGACGGCGGCGUGCCAGCACCGGGGAACUGCUCCCCUAGCUCAGGGAAUGUGACUGGUCUUGUUUUGGCCCUAUCCUCUGGCUGGACUGGGCUCGGCGGGGGGGCAAAUCCUGUCCAGGCAGGAAUGUCCUGUGGUUGCUGGCUCUGCCCCAUCUCAUUCUCCUGCAGGGGCCCUUUGCCAAACCCCACUGCCCCCUCCCUGUCUCGCUGUGGCUACAGACCUGCCUGCGCUGGAUUGUCCGGUUCCUAGGACACCGUCACGUUGGCUUGAAAAGGACAAUGAUCUCGCUGCCAGGGUAGCAAUACAGCUGUUGUCCGGGGCUGGCAUGUCA